GAUGAGAAAAACCAGAUUCUUACCACAAACUGCUGGCUAAAUCAGAUCUGGACUGAUUUCAAUCUGAGGUGGGAUCCAGCAAAAUAUGGAGGCAUUAAAGUGCUUCGACUGCCUUAUGAGGAAGUGUGGAAACCUGAUGUUCUACUUCACAAUAAUGCUGAUGUCUCCACGUACGAGUCGUCCAUAUCUUCUAACCUGAUCGUGAGUAACGAUGGCAAUGUCACCUGGUUCUCUAUGGUGAUCUUCAAGAGCUCAUGUUCCAUAAACGUUCGCUAUUUUCCCUUCGACGCCCAGAACUGUUCCAUGCAAUUUGCGUCCUGGUCAUACGACGGAUUACAGCUGAAUCUAACUAUAAAUUCCGACCGAGGAGAUACUAGCAACUAUAUACAGAACAGCGAGUGGGAGUUGAUCAACCUUCUUGUGGAAAGGAAUGUUCAAUACUUUUCUUGCUGUGAGGAGCCAUACCCGGACAUUACCUUCUAUAUAAUCAUCAGGCGUCGCCCGCUGUUUUACAUUUUCAAUAUGAUUCUCCCGUGUAUACUCAUUACUUUGGUGGCCCUCCUGGGAUUCUACAUUCCGUCAGACUCCGGGGAGAAAGUGACCAUGGGUAUCACGACACUGUUGUCAAUGACUGUCUUCAUGAUGCUGGUAACAGAGAACAUGCCUCCUACCUCAGACGUUCUCCCUCUUAUAGGCAUAUACUACGGAAUGACGAUAUUCAUCGUGUCCUUUGCCACCGCCAUGACCGUAUUUACAUUGAAUGUCCACCACAAAGGAUCUAGCGGGAAGCCAGUACCUCUGAUUAUCAAAAGAAUCUGCUUCGAUGUUUUAGCCAAGAUGUUCUGUAUGAAGAUCGACAGCUGGAACGGUGAUCAUGUUAACAUAUUUACGCCAGACUGCAAUGGUGCUCCAGGCGGUUCUUCCAACUACAUACGUUUCAAAGUAGCAAAUCAAGAAGAUACUGAUCUUGUAAACAUGGAGAUGAAACAACCACAUGACAUGAGUCAUCCCAGCCGCGUGGAUAUUCCUUCAAUGGAGGGCGAAGAGUGUCAAGGAAAUGGCACAGUUCCUCAAACGUUCCUUGGAUAUCGCCGCUCCAACGGAAACGCAUCAUCAUUGGAACAAACCUCAGACUCUUUCGAGCUGAACGACAUCAGGCUAGCGGAGCAGGAGAAGAAAGACGUUAUCAAGACAGAGUGGCAACAGGUGGCUCAGUUAGCGGACAGACUGCUGCUGACUUGCUUUGUAUGUGUAACACUCGCCAUUACGGGUGUGGUACUGUUUGUUUCGCCUGCGUCCGUCACAGUUUGA